AGGGAACAAGUUGGUCUUGUCGACCCCCGACUUGCUAAAAUUCCAUCUCUGGCUGCCUCUAAAGGCCCACCUUCCCAACCACCAGCAUCACAAGAUAUACAUUCAUCGAAAGAGGAAUCAAUACAUGACCCUUCUUUACCAAGGGAUCCAAGACUUUUGCGUAUGAACCGAGAUUUGUCAACGAAUGAUGGCAAUAAACCUAGCAAACCCCUCUUAUUACAGGAAUCUCCAGCAGACUUAUAUAAUCCAGUAAAGAUCAACAGUGAAGAAAUUGAAGAUGUAUCUGCACACAUUAGCAAAGAUAUGACAAACUCUUCAAAGACAGUUAUCAGCAAAAAACCAUGGAAUCUGUGUAUCAUUCAAACCUCAGUUGAUAAACCCAAACCUAUCUAUGAACCGAAACAGCUGUCAGUGAUCCCUAUUAUUAAUAAAGAUGUAACUCCUGCAACCCCCAAACUUUCUUAUGAAGAAAAGCCACAAAGUUCUAAAGAUAACAUCCCAGAUUAUGCCAAAUUUUCUAAAGAAAUAGUCAAGGGCUUCAAGCCCUCAACUUCUACUAUUUCACUCGAGAAAGGGGAAAUGUAUUCUCCAGUUUCACCGGAGAGAAAUGAAGAACCAGCCAGAGUGAGGCCUGUUCCGCUAAACGAACCUGGAAAUGAUCAUAAAACCUGGGGAUUCUACAGAGAGAUGUUGCCACGAAAGUCUGUAUCUGAUGACACAAACUCUGUGUCAGAUGAAGACUCGAAGCUUUUGGCCUCAAAGCAGAAACCUGGCAGUGAGAGCAAAUUGAAUUCGGAAAGAAACAGUAGCAUGAGAGCGUUCUCAUCUGGGCACUGCAUGAAUGCGGAUAGUGACGAUAGCGAUACUAAUUCCAAUGAAGAUCUUGCGAAGCCUUUGUAUAUUGAUGAAAGUGCCAGUGGUACACAUUCGGAUAAUAACGAUCAUCGGCUUUCCCCAAUUAAAGAGAUGUUAAAAUCUCUUGACAGCUAUGAUGAUGAUGAUGAUGACGAUAGUUGUGAUGCAACAAGUUGGAAGCUGCCUUCUAUGUAUGGUGGUAAAGCGAGUAAGAGUGAGUCAGAUAAGAAAAACUUGUCUCACCAACAAAAAUCUCAUGAAAAGGACAAAAACCUUUUCCAGUCCUUAAAUGAAGAUUUUGGAUCAGUUUCUCCAUCAGAAGCAAAAGAUGAAGGUUCGGAAAAAGCAUCGUCUUCUGAUCCUGGCAAACUGUUCAGCGCCUAUGAGUACAAAGGGCAUGAAGACUCGUCGAACGACACUUCUCAUAUUUGGAUGAAAAGUCUGACGACAUUGAGCCAAGCGAAAGCUGUGUCGUCGUUAAACAUAUCGGAUGAAAUGAUGGACAUGCUGCGGAAAGUUGUGAAAGGAAGUAAGGACAGCAACUCACCGGUGAGCCCGAAUUGUGACGCCAACAAUAAAGGGCAGGUUGACAGUGACGGAAAUAAGAGUGAGUCAGCUGUGGAGUCUAGGUGCGGGGUUGAGGAGGAGAGGGGGAAACAUUCCGCUGAAACUGUGUUGAAGAUUCUAGGAGGAGGAGGAGAGGAAGAAGAAGAUUUCAACAAAACUACUGCUGAUUCAAAUGUAACAAAUAGGAAAAACCAAACUGCGGCUCACCAGACACCUGAUAAAACAAACAGCAUAACGAACGCUGAUGACGAUGGUGAUAUGUGUAUGUCAGGUCAGGCUAUUCCAGUCCUUGAACCAGCAAAGAAACGGACCUCAAUGAAAAGAGCUCGAUCUCAAUCGCCCACUGCUUUCUCUUCUUUGAAACUCUUUCCUCCACCAAACUGGCUUCCGACACCGUCGCCAUUUUUGGUAUCUUCAAACCCAUUGAAAAGCAUUGACUGGACAAUUCCUCCUUCAACCUCGCCUUUGGCCACUUCCCUCCAUUCACAGCAACUUCUCUGGUCUCCCGCGCUCAGCAUGUCGCAGUCGCUAUUGAGCAAGAAUAUACCGUUCCCUGUUGGAUUCCCCGGCUCAGGUUUAACUGCAACAAAUCCACUCUUACUGAACAGACCCAUUCACCCUCUAAUGGUCCCAAGACAAAAUGAUUUAGUCGAUUGGUUUGCUGACAAAAUCAACCCCAAAAGCCAGAUGCCAUCCGUAAAUGUUGCUCAGUCAUCAACAUCAUCAUCAUCUUCACCAUCAACAUCAUCAUCAGUUCCUGCUAAAAAAGCUGUGACUAAAAGUAGCUCAGAAUUAGAAACCCUUUCCAAAGAGACAGAUUCAAAUAAAGAUUCGAAACCAGAUGCUUCCAAUGACUCUGAAAUUUCAGAAUUGCAUUCUACUAAAGACCGGGAGAAGGAAAAAUGUGAAUUAAGCAGGUCUUCUUGUUAUAGUCCAACUGAUAAAACUUUGGAGCUUUCCUCUUUAUCAUGUCUUGAUCAUUCUCAAUCUUCAGAAUCUUCAAAAGAUGGCUUAGCUGAAAAGGCUGAGAAUGUGAAAAUGAAAAAAUCUUCCUCAAACGAGCUGUUUGUACCUUCAGCGAUAUCAGAAUCCUUUAACAGCAAUGCAAUGCCUGAGAUUGCUAUACCAGCAUAUAACAAGACCUCUAGAAAAGGCCUGAGGUCUGUAGAUGGUAAUGAUUGUGAUAGUGAGAAUGAUGCAGCUGCUGGUACAAUUUCUGACACCUCGAAGCAGAGUACUGAUGGCCACACGUCUGCAACUGAAGGUCUUAAUACCUCGCAGGAUGUGGAUCUACUCUCUGAUAAUACAGCAUCGGAUGAUAUCAAUAAUGAAGUAUCCAAACUUUUAUCAUAUAUGGGCGCCAAGAAAAGACGAAGCAGUAAAGAAAGAAGCAAGUCGUCCAGUUCCUCGAAAAGUAAACAGCCUAAGCGAAGCAAACAUGAUGAUUUGUCGCAUCCCAUUCCAAAGGCUGUUCAGAUAUCUACUAUUAAUUCAAGAAAGCUAAAAGAAGCUUCUUUGCCAGAAUCUAACAGGAAACUUCUCAAAGAACUAGCAAAGCAGUUUUCAAAACGGAAGCAUCAUAAAUCUGAUCUCCAAGCACUGUUAGAAUCGGUGAAAAAGAUCAAGAAGGAACUGGCAUCACAGCCUUCUGAAAGCAGGGAAGAUCUGCCUGCAGGAAAGACAUCUGCUGUGUCUGACAAAAGCGAUAGAGUUGUGCGGGUCAAGAAAGAACAGCAGAAGUCGAGCAGCAAGAGAUCGUCUGGGGAGAAAAGUUCUAGCCGAUCGAAGCAUCAUAAAUCGUCUGAGAAAAAAUGGGCUGAGAAUCUUUGGAAACCUGUGAAGACAGAGGCAGAAGAGAAAACCGGCCGAAGCAGUGAUGCUCCUCCUAUAGUAAUAAAUUAUAAACAGAAGGGCAGUGAAAAGACAGACGUGUCCAGUGUAACUAGAACAAGCAGUGGAAGUAAGUCAAACAAGUCAUCAAAGAAAGAAGAAGAAGAAGGAGGAGGAGGAGGAGGAGGAAAAGAUAAUGGUGAUGAAGAAAAGAACGAACAGAAUUGUGACUCAGAGCUGGAAGAGGGAGAACUACCUGAUGAGGAUGAUGAUUGUGAUAUUAAUGCAAAAGAAAGGUUUGAGUCUUUGCGACAGUCGGAAUCAUUUGAUAACUACCCAAGGGAGCGAUGGUGGCAUGAUAAAAGGGACCUUCCAAAUGACGAUAGGUUCUUUGAGUCUAAUCCUGGCAGACCACCAAGAGAUAUGCCAUGGGAUAUGGAAAAUAACCCUGAUGGAUAUCAACGUGUUCGUAUGGAUAAUUAUUCCAUUGAACAACCUGAAGGUUUCCCGCGUGACUGUUAUCCUUUGAAAAGAGCUGAGCCUUUUCAACUCAACAGAAUGGACGACUGUCCUUUCCCUCAACCUGAAGGUUAUUCAAUGAAUCAGAUGGAUAAUUAUCCACCAGAACAUGAUGAUAGCUUCCCAUACAAUAGGCCUGAGGAUAUUCCACAUAACCAAAUGGAAAAUUAUUCUUGCGGUCGAUCUGAUGGCAAUAAGCGAGGGAAAGGUAAGAACUACCAUGGAAAACGCGGUCAUUAUCUCCAUGGGGGAAAGUUUGCUCCAUACCCUCAGAAUAAAAUGGGUAAUUGCUUGCCAGAAGAUGCUAAAAACUAUGAAAUGGAACCUGAUGGUUAUUAUAAUGAGGAGCAUAAAAAGUUUCCCAGAGGAAAAUCUGAAAAUUAUCCUCGCGGAAAGUCAAAUAAAUAUCCUUUUAAGAGAACACGACGUCGUUCAUUCAAGAAACACGAACCAUCCCAUGAUCCAGCUGACUACUGCCAGGACAAAAUUGAUGGAUUCCUAUAUGAGAAAACUGACAACUUCUACUAUGAUAAAGGUUUCCAAUAUAACCAGUCAGAAAAUUACUUCCAUGGCAACAGUAGUGGUUACUGCUCUGAUAAAGGAGACCCCUUUAACUGUGAUAACGAUAAUAUGGUUGGCAAUGUUCCCAAAUUUAAUCAAUUUAAUGCUUGGGCUCCAAAUGAAAUGGAAGGCCCAAUGCAGCGGUUUCCUAAACAUGGUAAAAGCGUUUUCGACAGGCUGUCAACUAAGGAUCCUAAAUUGGAACUGGGUGGGAGAGCUUACAGAGGGAAACAGCCUUUCCCUGGUGAUGCAGCCUCUUGGUUAGAAGACGGUUCGAUUCCUUUCUCUAACAGCAAGAAGAAAAAGCUUAAGGCGGAGGUUGAAGAUAUAAGCUAUGAAGAACUGUUAGAACAAACUGCCAAGCAGUUGAAAGAACCCCUGGAAGAAGAAGAAGAGAAGAAAUGCAGCUCCUUUGAUACUAUCGACGAAUAUGUUCAAAUGUUUGUCGAACAAGGCUGUUCUGAAUACAACAUCAUUAAGAAAACGCUUGGUGUAUCGUUAGACACACGAUUUGAUACAAUGUCAAAAACGAGAAGAAAAAAGAUUCGAAAGAAAAUUCAAAGUCAGUUGCAAGCAUUGAAACAGGCACCAACAAUUAAUAAUAACGGUAACGAACCACCAAGUUUGUUCCCCAAAUUACCUAUGCCUUCUUCUUCCGAAUCAGCAGCUUUUAAUUUAGACAGUAUUCCUGUCUGUAGUUCUUUGAAGUCUAUGUCUGACUCCAUAGAGUUAUUGCAAAACAUAAUGAUGAAACGUCGACCAGAGGAUGAGAUACUCCAGAACUCACGAUCCUCUUCUGAGACGCAAGACGAUUCAGAUGACGAAAGUAACAGUACAAACAACGUAGAGAUGCAAGAGGACGCUAAUAUUACAGACCCGGACGUCAAACGUGCCGUGCAUAAAGUUCGAGCCAACAUGAUGUCAGCAGCAGAAAAGAACGGCAUUGGGAUUCCACACCAGAAGAUUCCUCUUAGUCUCCUUCUGGCUGAAGAAAAAGACAGUUUGUACUCAUCAGAAGGCUGUUUCCUUAUUCUUAUGCGAAAGAUUCCUACCAAAUCAGUCGAGCGUUUGGUUACUUUACGAGAAGUGCUUGAUCACAUUAAUUGCGAGAUGCAACUUGCUCAGAAGAACAAUGAUGCUCCGAAAUUCCAAACAUUACAGGCAACCAAAAUAAAUUUGCAUGAGCGCCGCAAGUGUGUCUUGGAGAAUUUCACUGGUCCCCUAAACAGAAAACGUUUGCGACUCAUAGAGAAAGCCUGCAGAAAAUAUCAAUGUUGCUUGGACUAUAUGAAUGCAAAUCCUGAUAUGAUUAAAGAUAUAGAUAAGGAAUUCGUUGUCAAGAGUCUCAAAGCCAUCCAAGGACAUAGAAGCACAGUUAAAAAUAUUCUUGAAAACAAAGACUGCAAUGCUCUCCCUCCACCUCCCUUAGUUCCAAACAGCCAGAUUUCUAUGGGCAUGACCAGCUCAGGUUUGUAUCCUUAA